CUGGGAGUACGCCAAAGGGGACAAAAUAAUGGAAUGUCUCCAAAGCAAGAUGUAUGGUAGGUGGUAUUUUGCAUAUGCGACUCCUCGCAGUGUAUGGAAUGAGUAUGAGAAAAUAAUGGAAUAUAUCCAGGGUUUUGUGGGCCAACCAAAAAAUUCUGAACUCAAUGAUUUUGGCAAUAUGCUUGUCUACAUGCAUAUACAAACAGAGGCACACCUGAGGGAAGACCUGUUCUCGGACGUGGAAAGCACUGUGUGCCGGCAACUGUCCCGCUACAUGAUGUACCUCCUGGUUACCCACCCUUCCUUGCUGGCUCUCGAUACAAGUGCAGUAGCUACGCUGGAUUUGUGGCGAGCAGCUGCUAAUUACAAGUGCAGUAGCUACGCUGGUGACUUUUGGGAGCGGAUCAAUCCUUGGUCAUCCAGCACGGAAGCAUUGCAGGAUCUCGUUGACUUUUGGGUGUGGGUGAUCAUGUAUGCUGCGGCCAAAUCACGGUCGGAGAUGCACGCGGCGCUGCUGGCCAGAGGUAGUGGAGAACUCCUCACCUUCGUAUGGCUGAUCCUGGCCCACCUUAAAUGGCGCGAUCUUUCCGGCCUGUCCUGGUUUCGCAAGAUGGAUCAUAAGGAAUUUAAUAGGACCGGUGUAUUUGGUCACGGUUAAUUGUUUGAGAUGCUGAACGGACACCCGACCGGCCAUUAGCCUCAAACAUUGAAUGUCUUCAAUGCUCUUGGAAAUAUAGGUGCUGCCAAUUAUUGACAUCACAAUAUUGAUCGUUCCCCGUCGACAUUGUGUUUUACCAUCCGUUUAUACCUUAAUUACUAUUGCUUUUUGCUCCUCCCCUCUUUUAGUUGUAAUUGAAACUUGUGCCUCCUGAUGUAUUGACAAUAAUGAUUGUGACGACCUUGUGAAAUAUUAGUUGCUGCUUGCACCGUCAUAUUGAUGAUGCACAAUUCUAA